AUGGCUGCUGUAAUGGAACUUAACUCGAAUGGUUGCCCAUGCAAGGAGAAUGGAAUCAAUGGAAGCAAUGGUGAUUACGAAAAACUGAUUACAUUUGAGGAUUUCCCGAAAUUCGACGAAACACAGGAGAUACUCUUCCCUCCUAGCCUGAUUGUGGAAAAGUCAGUAAGCGAUUUGUUCUUGGAAGGUACUCGAGUAAAACUGGUAGCACCGGUUUCAUGGAAGCUAUUCGAUGACUGCUUUCAAGAGGCUGCACGCUCUCAAAAACUGCCUGCCAGAUGGGUAAGUGUCCAUAACCUACCGCUGAUGGGAACUGUCGAGGUUAACGAGGACGAAGUCUCAAUCGGUGCCGCAGUCAACAUUACGGACUUUGUCAAAUCACUGGAAAAGUAUUGUGACCGAUCGAUUAGCACACCAAUCAGAAAACUUUUCGACAAGUACUCUUCUAUGCAAGUAAUGAACGUAGCGACUUGGGUUGGUGGCUUGUUCACAGGAGCAAGCGAUACUCUGUCACUAUUCAUGGCUUUCAAUCCAAAGCUGGUUGUCAGGGAGUUGGGAGGUGCUUUCACAUCAGCACAAUUCUCUGACUUCAUGGAUGACCAAGGCCGUAUAAAGUUGAAAAGAGGUGCAGCCGUCGUUGCCACCAUAUUUCCGCGAUCCCAG